UAGAGCCGACCAACCUUAGUCAUGACAAUGAUGCGUAUGAAGAUGGGGGGGAGGUCGGAAAUGAAUCUUAUGCCGAGCAGCAACCGACAACUUCCUCUGCAGAAAAAGUGAUUACUAUUAGAUUGUCUAAUACAUCAAAAGAUGUCAGAAUCAGAGUUGAUCCGAAAUUGGAUACCAUUGCUACGCUAAAGACUAGGCUAUGUAUCGAUCAAGGACUCGACAUCAAAAUGUUUACAGUUAGGUUUUUCUUCCUCGGAUGCUUACUGGAAGACAAAACAAAAUUAGAAGAUAUAGAACUUAACGAUGAUCAAGUGUUACAGGCGUUGAUUAGUGAAAAGUGA